AUGGCACCCUUCCUCGACGACAACGAAAACACGAGCACUGCUCAGCAAAAGUACGGCGACUGGCGGGAUGACUUCUACGAGAAGGGCUAUGUCGUUCUCAAGGGCGUCGUGCCCAAGGAGCGAGCUCUGAAGUACCGCAACAAAAUGAUGGACUGGCUCGGUACUUUCCCCAACGACUUCGAUAUCAACAAGCCAGAGACAUGGACCAAAGAGAAUCUGCCCCAAAGCUUCAAGAACGGCAUGUACCUCAACUACUGCGCUGCACACGAGAAGUAUGUUUGGGAGGCAAGACAAGAACCAGGCGUUCUAGCUGCGUUUGAGAAGCUGUGGAACACAAACGAGCUCAUUGUGUCAUACGAUACCAUCAACCUCACACUGCCGAAUGCUGGCAAAAUGGCUGGCAGCAAGCCGUGGCCGCACGUCGACCAGGCACCCGAGCGACAAGGCCUGUCGUGCGUCCAGGGUAUCAUCAACCUCUCCGAGGCCGGUCCCAAAGACGGCGGCCUCGUCGUAAUGGAAGGAUCAGCCAAGCUCUUCGACAAAUUCUUCAAGCAACACCCUCCGGACCGAACCAAGGGCCCCCUCGCCGCUCUCCACUACGACUUCUACCCCUUCCAAGACACCGACGUAAAGUGGUACGAAGACCAAGGCUGCAAGAUGGUCAAGGUCUGCGCCGAGCCUGGCGAUCUCAUCCUGUGGGAUUCGCGACAGAUGCACUACGCUGUGUACCCCGAGACAGACAACAUCCGCACGAUUAUCUAUGCUUGCUACACACCAGCAGCCAUGGCGUCCAAGGAGGAUCUGGCGAAGAAGAAGGAGAUCUUCGAGAAGUGGGAGGCGACUACACAUUGGCCGCAUAUCAAUAUCCAUUCGCAAGGGAAGGCCAAGGUGGAUGGAGAGAUUGAUCCAUGGGAGCGGACGGAGCCGCUUGAGAAGCCGGAGUUGACGGAUAAGCUGCUUAAGCUGGCGGGUGUGAAGCCGUAUUGA